ACAAACAAAAUAUCAAUUCGCCAGGACAUUUAAUGGCCGGUUUAUAUGCUUAUGGAAAGGUUGGUAAUGUGUCAGUCAAUUGCUUAGUAGAUACAGGAGCUACCGUUACUGUUAUCUCAGAAAAUCUUUGGCUUAAACUUAAGAGCAAGAACAAAAUUACACCUUUUGAACUUUCUGUAUCAUCAACAAGUGGUGAUCUAUUAAAAGUCAAGGGACAAACAGAGAUAGACCUGAGGUUUAAAAGACACCUUUAUAAGACCAAGGUUGUAGUAGCUGAAAUCGGAAAUGAUGUUGUUUUAGGUCUUGAUUUUAUGCAACAGUAUGGUGUUUGUAUUGAUGUUAUUAGAAAUACAAUGAAAUUGAAAGGGCAUAUUGUUAAUUUAUAUUGUACCGGUAAAAUAGGGUGCUUUGGCAUUGAUCUAUCCGAUGAAGUCGAUAAAUCUUCUGAAUCUACGACUGUCAAAUGUAGAGAGACAGGACCAGAAGUAAAGCAGAAAGAUAAUGUUCAAGUAGAAACAAAAAGAAAACAACGUAAAAAUCGAGAUAGGGCUAAGCAUUAUGAAAGUUCUAUUUUAAGUACUUCAAUGGCGGGGACAAAGACAAGCGAAAGCAAAGGAGGCAGUGUGAAAAAUGGAAACCAGAUUAUGCAACCACUGUGCCCUGUAUGUAAGACGAGCAUUUCGGAGACUGUUAACUUCGAAGGACAUAUAACUGAAUGUAGAAAGAGAGAUGAAAAAAGAAGAACAUGCACAAGAUGUAGUAAGGUUUUCCUUAAAUUACAGUAUCUGAAGAGACAUAUGAAAAUAAAACACGGGCUAGAGUCUGAUUUUCAAAGAUGACAAAGUGAUUCAAGUUAAAUAAAGGUGAACAAGUUAAGAAACAAGAUGUGGAAGAAGAAGACUGUGAUCUUGAUCCAGAUAUGGAACUAUAUGUCUCGUUUAUAAAGAUA